AUGUAUCUAAACAUGCUGUUGGGCCUGCUGGCCAUCGCCCUGGCCGUUGGGAUGGUGCCCUCCCUCUCCCCGUACCAGUAUUACCAGCACCAGCAACCUCUAGCACCAGCAGGAAAACACCCUGUCGCCAACCUGAAGGACAAGAUCAAGACUGUCGUCUUCAUCAUCAUGGAGAACCGCUCUGUCGACAAUCUCCUCGGCGGACAGAGGAUUCAUGGCCUGGACAACCCCAUCAACAACGGCCCGUUCUGCAAUCCAUACAACCUCAGCGACCCCUCGCAGGGUGUAGUCUGCAGUAACGCGAAGGACUUUGACUCCAUCCUUGAUGACCCAGAUCAUGAGAUCCAUGGGAAUAAUAUCGAGUUCUAUGGGACUUUCAUGCCGGAUAAUGCGGCUAUCGCGUCCGGCAAGAUGAGGCCAUCUCUGGAUGGGUUCGUCCAUGAGCAGAUUCGUCUUUAUGAUACCAGAGAGGAUGAUGCCUAUUUGGCGCAGGAAGUCAUCAAUUUCUAUACUGAGGAACAGGUUCCUGUCAUCACAGCUCUGACGCAGGAAUUUGUUGUGUUUAACCACUUUCAUUCGGAUGUUCCAGGUCCAACAAACCCCAAUAGAGCGUACUUUCACUCUGGCACAUCCUACGGACACGGUCGCAAUGACCCUGGCUUCGACCGCAGCGAACUCCCUCAACGAUCGAUAUUCCAACAGUUAUUCGAAACAAACCACACAUGGACCAACUAUUACACCCAGAGGAAUAUCGUCGACGCCCUGUUCUUCACCUGGACGGCUGAGAGCGGCACCGCAGAUACCAACAUCAAGGACAUCUCCCAGUUCUAUGCCGAUGCAGCUGCUGGCCAGCUGCCCGAGUUCGCGUUCAUCAACCCGUCGUGCUGCGGUGUUGGAACGAAUUCCAUGCACCCGACCGGCCUGGUCUCGGCUGGCGAGAAGCUGUUGAAGGACGUCUACGAGGCAGUACGCAGCAGUCCCCAGUGGGACGAGAUUCUCCUCAUAAUUAGCUUCGACGAAACGGGAGGCUUUCAUGAUCAUGUCCCACCGCCACUGGCUGUGAGACCCGACAAUCUCACCUAUACAGCAACUGUUCCGACCGGCGAGAGCUACACCUUCGAGUUUGACCGGCUGGGGGGUCGUCUUCCCACCUGGCUUGUUUCUCCGUGGGUCAGCAGGGGCUACGUGGAGCAGUACGGCUCCAACUCCCAGGGUAAGCAGGUGUCUUACUCCGCCUCGUCGGUCCUCCGGACACUUGGAUAUCUCUGGGAUUUCGAGCCGUUUAAUCCGCGUGUCGAGAAGGCUGCGUCUUUUGAACAUCUGAUUAUCGGGACGAAGAGAGAUGAUGCUCCUGUUACUUUGCCUUGGCCUUCUCCCUUUCCUGUUUCAGCGGACCACCCGUAA